GGAUAGUAAAUUAAUUUUUUUUUUGAAAGUCAACUAUUUAAAGAAACUAUUAAUAUAAAAAUUCAUUCGAAAAUUGUACAUAAAAUAUACAACUACUAAAUUCAUAUCAUUUUCACUUGCUACACUAGCGCUAUUUUGGCGAGUCUUCGUAUUAUAAUUUCCCAUAUAAGACGGUUCUCUAACCUCCAUAACCUUAACUUUGUAAUGCAUACUAUUUUUGUGGUUUCGACUAACCUACAUUAUAUUGAGGUUAAGCGUGUCAUAUUAUUAAAAUAAUUAUUAUAACUACAUUAUUCUUACUUCUAAAUUCCAUAAUCAAAAAAACUGAAAUAUAGCAACAGUUUAUUCACAAAGAAAUGGAUAUUCAAAAUGUUAAAGAAGAAAUUGAUAUCCAUAAUAUUAAGGAAGAAGUGGUUGACCACUAAGGUAUUCUAUCGAAUAUCAAUUUAAAACAAGAAUUGUUUGAAGAAGUAUCUACGCUAAAAAUUCAAAAUACAAAUGACCAAAUUAAUGGAAAUUAUCCAAUCAAACAAGAAUUAAAAGAAGACUUGAAUACAAAUAAUAUAUUUGAUAAUUAUGCAAAUGUAGCUUAUAAAACAAAAAGAAACAUUUUCAGUACACACCACAUAAAAAAUAAACUGGGAGAUUCAAGAGUUAACCAUGGAAAGCGAAUUAAAUUAAAAGGACUGAUGAAAAAUAAAAAAUAUAUUCAACCAAAUGCUAUGGGGCUGAUGAUAUGUGCAUAUUGUGGAAAUUUGUAUACGAAACAAGUAGAAUUGUUAUGGCACUCAGAAAUCGAUCAUUAUAUAAAACCAAAAAAAAUUUUUGAGAUUAAAAUUCACCAUAAAAGUAAAAUUGAUACCUGUGUUAUGGAAAAUGUUGAUAUAAAAAACAUAGUAGAACAUAAAUUGAAAAUGGAGUUGCAGGAAACCACAAAUGAGUUGGAUGUUACUGAUCAUUUAAACCCACAUAUACAUGAAGGUUCAAAAUUAUUUGUAGAAGGAAAUAAUUCAAAUAUGCAAUCACAUACUUACACAAGGUCAAAACCUUUCGAAUGUGACAUUUGUAUGAAACCAUUCUCUCAUAAAGGUAAUUUUUAUAUGCAUAUGCGUAAACACACAGGGGAGAAGCCGUUUGAAUGUGAUAUUUGCAUGAAACCAUUCUCUCAUAAAGGUAAUUUGUAUAUACAUAUGCGUAAUCACACAGGGGAAAAGCCGUUUGAAUGUGACAUUUGUAUGAAACCUUUCUCUCAUAAAAGUAAUUUAUAUAUACAUAUGCGUAAUCACACAGGGGAAAAGCCAUUCAAGUGUGACCUUUGUGUGAAAUCUUUUAAACAGAAAAGUAGUUUUAAUGCACAUUUACAAAGUCAUACAGGUGAAAAACCAUUCAAAUGUGAUGUUUGUAUGAAAAAUUUUUCUCAUAAAAGUAAUUUAAAUAAACAUAUGUAUAGACACUCAGAGGAAAAGCCAUUCAAGUGUGACAUUUGUAUGAAAUCUUUUACACAGAAAAUUAGUUUGAAUACACAUUUACAAAGUCAUACAGGUGAAAAACCAUUCAAAUGUGAUAUUUGUAUGAAAAAAUUUUCUCAUAAAAGUAAUUUGAAUAAACAUAUAUAUAGACACACAGGGGAAAAGCCAUUCAAGUGUGAUCUUUGUAUGAAAUCAUUUCCAUAUAAAAGUUGUUUAAAUAUACAUAUGUGUAAGUACAUAGGAGAAAAAACAUUCGAGUGUGACAUUUGUUUCAAACCAUUCACUCAACAACGUAACUUAAAUAUACAUAUGCAGAGUCAUACAAGUCAAAGUUCCAAAAAAUGUAAUAUUUGUUUAAAAACGUUUUCAAAGAAAGGCAUUUUGAAUCAACAUUUACGUAGUCACACAGGAGAAAAACCAUUCAAAUGUGAUAUUUGUUUGAAAAUUUUUUCCCAUAAAAAUAAUUUGAAUACACAUAUGUGUAAUCCCACAGGAGAAUAGCCAUUCCUCGUGACAUUUUUGUAUAAAUACCUAUUCUUACAAUGACAGAUAAUUGAAAAAAUUUUUGAUAGGGAUCGGAAAAAGGAUAAAACAAUUAAUUUUCUAAUAUAAUUGUAAAAUAAAUGUUAUAUGAUUAUUAUUAUGUUUUUUUCCAUUUAUAUUGUUUGUCUUAUCAAAAUAAUUAGAUUUUGUAAUUUUUUUGCACCGUGAAGCUGUUUUCUCUGAAAUGUGUGAGAAAGCUCUACCAGCUUACACUAAAACCUACUUCAUCUAUGUGUCUGGCAUGAACUAAUUUGCUCUUUUUUCUUCAUUAUUUUCCCGCAUCCCCCAAUAAGCUGGACUUUCGUGGUUUAUUACUGCUAUGCUUGCGCUGUAUCCACUUAUCCACGUUAGUGAUUAAACGGUAGGUCCACCAUCCCUUUGAAGACAUCUCCCACGACUCUUGCAAUUAUAUCAUUAUUUUUUAUAUAUAGUUUCUUGUAUUUGAAAUUUAUCAUAUAUUUUCUUUUAUUAUUUUUACAUAAUUAGAAUUUGCAAUUUUUUUACAUGUGAAGCUGUUUUGUAUUUUUGUAAUAUCUGAUGACCGCUCAUAUUUUUUUAGCUGUUGUUUUCUAUAUUCAUUGGCAAGUAUUAAGUGAAGACUCUAAAUUGUAAUAUAUUUAUGCAAACAAUAAAUUUCAGUAUAAGUUUGGAAUUGAACUAGUGUUUGUUUUGGUCAUCAAUUUUAUAAUCACGUUGUUAUUGAUCCUGAUCUGAUCAAGAAUCAAACCGCGAACACAACAGAUUCGUUUAUAUUCAGAACUUUUAUGAACGUAAUAAUGUUCGAACAGAUUCGUUCGUGUUAACCAUGUGUUCCAAGGUUAUAACAAAAAAUAUAUAUAUAUAUAUAUUUCUGUGGUUUUAACUAACCUACAUGUACAUGUAUUGAGGUUAGAAUUAAUACGGUAUUUUCUGAAACAAAAAAGAUUAAAUAUAUUCACAAUAAAAAUUCAUCAACGAAUUUGCACCGAAAUACAGUGAAUAUACAUGAAUGGAUUACAUAAUCACAUACAAAUAUGCACAGCGGGAAUAAUUGCAAUAAUUAAAGCGAUCAAAAAUAGCAAAAAAUAAAAAAAUGAAUAUAAUCAUAAACUUUUUCGACUCGCAAAGCGCUAUCAAAAGCAUUAGUAAUUAAAUAACAGUCAAAUUUAAAUACACCGCGAUAAUGGGGAAAAAGUUAAUAGUGGAUUUGGUAAAGGAAAAUCACAAUAUUGCUCUAGCAUGGAACGAAACUGCUGACCAACUUGCAUAAAUCGGAAGAAACCUUAAUGUACCAGCUAAAAAUUUUAAAAUGGGUAAAGAAGACAUUUAUAUACAUUUUAAAGAACAAAUUAUAACAACAUCGGAAAAACUCAUUUCCCGAAAACACCUUUCUUCUAUAAAAACAUUUAUUUAGAAUAAGAUUUAUAUAACAAGCUAAUUGAAUUAAAAAUACCUACACCAAUUAAAUUAUCCAACAUUUUAAACAGAGAAAACUACAUCAUUAUAAAUCUAAUCAUGAAAUUUAUCAAAAUAUACAAAAUUGAGAUAAAUAAAAAUUAUAAUACAUAUAUACAUUUAAAACUAAAUAUGAAAAUAAGUCAAAAGAGAAUCUUCCUAUCAACAUCCCGAAUGUGUGAAAUGCUCGGCCGUUGCCCCUGAGCGAGAAGAGUUUUAGCCUUUGUUGUGAUUUUUUUUUUUAACAUGUCUAGCUCACAAGAACAGAUGUCCUCAGAAAAAGUAUAAGCUUUGGUUUAAAAUAAAUCAAAGCGAAAACCAGCGCUGGCCAAAUACUGUUUAGGUGAGGCCAAAAUAGAGAAGAUGUAUUGAGGUUAUAUAUUUCUUAUUAUUAUUAAAAUAAUGGUUAUCAAUAUAUCUGGAAAAGAUUAUUAAUAAAGAAAUGGAUAUCCAUAAUGUUAAGAAAGAAGUGGAUGUCCACGAUGAUAUAGAUUCAAAACAAGGAUUAAUUAACGAAGUAUUUUCACUAAAUAUUCAAAAUAUAAAUGAACAAAUGAAUGGAAUUCAUUCAAUCAAACAAGAAAUCAACGAUGACUUGAAUACAAAUAAAAUAUUUGAUAACCAUGUGGAUGCAACUAAUAAAACAAAAAGGAACAUUCUCAGUAAACAUAUAAGAAACAAACUAGGAUAUUCAAAAGUUAACCAAGGAAGGCUAUCUAAAUUAAUAGUUACAGGACUGAUUAAAAAUUGGAAAUAUAUUCAACCAAAUACUAUGGGGUUAAAGAUAUGUUUAUACUGUGGGAAUUUAUACACAAAACAAGAAGAAUUGUUAUGGCACUUAGAAAUGAAUCAUUGUAUAAAAGUAAACAAUUUUUAUAAGAUGAAAAUCCACCAUAAAAGUAAAAGUGAUACAUUUAUUAUGGAAAAUAUUGAUAUAAAAGAUGAAAUUGAAGUAGUUGAACAUAAAUUGAAAGUUGAGUUGCAGGACACAAGAAAUAAGUUGAAUGAGGAAAGUAAUUCAAAUAUGCAUUCACAAACUCAAUCAAAAUCAAAGCCAUUCAAAUGUGAUAUUUGUUUGAAAACUUUUUCACAGAAAAGUGGUUUGAAGACACAUUUGCGUAAUCACACAGGAGAAAGGCCAUUCCAAUGUGACAAUUGUUUGAAAACCUUUUCACAGAAAAGUGGAUUGAAGACACAUUUGCGUAGUCAUACAGGAGAAAGGCCAUUCAAAUGUGAUAUUUGUUUGAAAACUUUUUCACAGAAAAGUGGUUUGAAGACACAUUUGCGUAGUCAUACAGGAGAAAGGCCUUUCAAAUGUAAUAUUUGUACAAAAACUUUCUUAUAUACAUGUAAUUUGAAGACACAUUUGCGUAGUCAUACAGGGGAAAAGCCAUUCAAAUGUGAUAUUUGUUUUAAAACAUUUUCACAGGGAAGUGUGUUGAAGACUCAUCUACGUAGUCAUUCAGGAGAAAGGCCAUUCAAGUGUAAUAUUUGUUUAAAAACUUUUUCAUAUAUAAGCAAUUUGAAGACACAUAUGUUUAAUCAUACAAGAGAAAAGCCAUUCAAAUGUGACAUAUGUGUGAAAAGUUUUUCGCAGAUAAGUGGUUUGAAAACACAUUUGAAUAAUCAUAUGGGAGAAAAGCCAUUCAAAUGUGAUAUUUGCUUCAAAACUUUCUCACAUAAAAGUGGUUUGCAGACCCAUUUGCGUAGUCAUACAGGAGAAAGGCCAUUCGAGUGUAAUAUUUGUUUAAAAACUUUUUCACAUAUAAGUAAUUUAAACGCACAUUUGUGUAAUCAUACAAGAGGAAAGUCAUUCAAAUGUGAUAUUUGUUCAAAAACUUUUUCAUAUCAAAGUAAUUUGAAGAAACAUUUGCGUAAUCAUACAGGAGAAAAUCCAUUCAAAUGUGAGAUUUGUUUCAAAACAUUUUCACACGAUAGUGGUUUGAAGACACAUUUGCGUAGCCAUACAGGAGAAAAGCCAUUCGAGUGUAAUAUUUGUUGGAAAACUUUUGCAUAUAGCAGUAAUUUGAAGGCACAUUUGUGUAGUCAUACAAGAGAAAACCUAUUCAAAUGUGACAUUUGUUUGAAAACUUUUUCAUAUACAAGUAAUUUGAAGAAACAUUUGCGUAGCCAUACAGAAGGAAAUUCAUUCUAAUGUGACAUUUGUUUUAAAAAAGAUGAGUGGUUUGAAGAGAGAUCUGCAUAGUCACUUAGGAGAAAAGCCGUUUAACAUUCUGUUCGACAUUUCUGUAUACCUAUGAUUGUUUAUUGAAAAAAAAUUCAAGUUUUGUUAUAGAGUAGAAAAAAAGGCAAGAUAAUUAAUUAAUUAUUCCAAACCAUAAUUAUAAAAUGAAGGUUUUAUCAUGUUAUACUCCUUUUCCUAUGUAAAGGAUAGGAUUUAGAUAGUACAUAUAUUUCCUCAAAUUAUAUUUCGCUAUAUUUGUAUUUUUUGUAGUUUACAUUUAAAACGACUUUAUUAGCCCAGGGGGUUUUAUACUUUAUCGAUUUUCUUUCAUUAGUUUUCUAUUAUAUUUUUUUAUAUCAAAUUUUUAAUGUAUUACAUUGAAGUACAGUUUUUUUCAAGAUAUGACUCUAUUUUCUGGUUUUCUAGGGAUAGGAACAGACUUUGUGCAAAAAUCAGAUGAAGUAAAGUCUUUGAAAUUGUAAUUUUUUAUGCUCUUGUUCUCUGUAAGCUAAGAUUACCGCCAGACAAGAAAAAAAUAAAAUUGCUACAACUGGUGCUACUAAAAAAUUGAGACCUACAGUUUAUACAAAAAAAUCUACAGAAAAUUCGUGAUUUAGGGUUUGAAUUACUAGAACACCCCCCCUUGUUCACCAGAUUUGGCACCGUCCGACUAUCAUCUCUUUCCUCAACUGAAAAAAACUCUAAAACGUCGUAAAUUUUCUUCCAACGAGAAGGUAAUAAAAGCUGUCGAAGUCUGGUUUGCAGAGCAAGAAACUUUUUUUUUAAGGUUAGAGACGUUGCUGUAAUAAAUGUAGCCAAUUAAGAGGAGAAUAUGUUGAGUAAUAAAAUAUUUUGACAUUGAAA